UGUUUUAGUAGUUUGAUGCAAAGUGCUGGCUUGCAGCCCCAGCGUCAGCUGUGCCCCAUAAUAGCCAGACAUGCGCAUGCGUUGCGCCCACUCCAUGACCAAGUGGGCCGAUUUGGGCCACGACCAGCAAAAAAUCGAUGGCAUCGCCAGUCGUUGGGUGACAGAGUGGUCGGAAGCAUGUCAGAGCAGCCUGAGAACAACAGCUACGAGCAGGAGUGCCAGCGGGCGGAACUGCUUGGUCUCCAGCCGCCGGAUCCCGAGGAGUUCGAGCGGAAGCGCCAGGCGAGAUUGGAGCACGAGUUGGCCGAACAAGAGGCCGCCGAGGCGGUGCUACUGGAGCAACAAGACGAAGGGCUGGGCAAUGUUGGUGGCAAGCUGGGCGAGCUUAAUAGCAUCCUGUCCAGCACGCAGCAAAAGCUUAAUCGCUUUAAGCAAACGGCCUGUGGCAGCUUGACCAACAUAUUUUCUAGAUCCGGCUCGGGCUCGGUGGAUCUUUCAGCGGGCAUGGGGGGAUCGGGAGCGAUGGCCAGCCAGGAAGAGCGUCCCCCUGUCCAGGAUCAGCCCCUUGCCAAGCCACCACCCACAGCCGCCGAAGUAAGCGCCGCCAAGGCGGCCAAGCAGAAGCGUAUGGACUCGCAGCUGGACAAGUUAGAUGCAUUAAUCAACCAAGCUGACAAUGCCCAGAUAGCCAUGAGUGAGCAGACGCAGCAGAUGCGUCGGCUAGCCAAGUGAAGUGCCCCAUUCAGGAGGAGCAGUUAUCAGGUGAUUUUCGUCGCCUGAUUCUGGCCAGCCUUCUGUCCUCUUCUUUGUUUGGAUGAACACAUGAGUUUCGCUUAAAACUAAACACAAGUUGAGAUUACCCAAAGCGUCUUCAAUC